AUGGCUGGCUGGAAGGACGGAUCAGUGCAGGAGAAGUAUCGCCUGGUGGUGGUCGGGGGCGGUGGUGUCGGCAAGUCGGCCCUCACUAUCCAGUUUAUCCAGUCAUACUUUGUCACCGACUAUGACCCCACCAUUGAAGAUUCCUAUACCAAGCAGUGUGUGAUAGACGAGAGGGCGGCGCGGCUUGACAUCCUAGACACGGCUGGGCAGGAAGAGUUCGGAGCCAUGCGAGAACAAUACAUGCGCACAGGGGAGGGCUUCCUGCUCGUCUUCUCAGUCACUGACAGAGGAAGUUUUGAAGAAAUUUAUAAAUUCCAAAGACAAAUUCUUCGAGUCAAAGACAGAGAUGAAUUUCCCAUGAUCCUCGUAGGCAAUAAAGCAGAUCUAGAGCAACAGCGACAGGUAACUCAAGAAGAAGGGCAGCAGCUUGCCCGGCAGCUGAAAGUUACGUAUAUGGAAGCCUCAGCCAAAAUCCGUAUGAAUGUAGACCAGGCUUUUCAUGAGCUGGUUAGAGUAAUAAGAAAGUUUCAAGAACAGGAAUGUCCUCCUUCACCCGAACCUACGAGGAAAGAAAAGGACAAAAGUGGGUGCCACUGUGUGAUCGUGUGA